AUGAGUAUCAUAAGCUGGAACUGCCGAAGGCUUGGGAACCCUCGGACAGUUAGGAUCCUUAACAGGUUGGUUAAGGAUAAGUGCCCCAAUUUGGUUUUUCUUAUGGAAACCAAAUGUUCCAAGGCUAGAAUUGAGACUGUUAGAAGAUGUAUUAAAUUUAAUAGUUGCUUAGUUGUGGACAGUAAAGGGAGUAGUGAAGGUCUGGCCAUGAUAUGGAAGGAUGAUAUAGAGGUUCAACUUUUCAACUUCUCCAUAUGGCAUAUCAGUGUUUUUGUUAAAACUAAUGCUAAUGAAACUCCAUGGAUGCUAACUGGCUUUUAUGAUCAUCCAAUGACAUCUAAGAGAGCACAGAGCUGCGCCCUUCUAAAAGUUCUUAAACCAACAGCCCCUACAGCAUGGAUGUGUAUAGGUGAUUUCAAUGAAAUCACUAGUCAAAGUGAGAAAAUGGGAGCUUUAAGCAGACCCUACAAACAGUUAGAGGCCUUUCGUGAGGCCAUUGAAUUUUGUGAUCUAUCGGCUCUUAAUACAAAGGUUCUGAAAUUUACAUGGUCAAACAAAAGGAGUGGAAGGGGAUUCACAAAGGAAAGACUCGAUAGGGGGCUUGCCAAUGAAGAAUGGAAUAUGAAGUUUCAUAAUGCAACAUGUAUGGUACUUCCUGCAAUAAAAUCAGAUCAUUCCCCUCUAGUAGUAUCAUUAGUCAGCAUGUUGUUGGAAAGUAAUAGGACCUCCUCAAGAUUUAGAUUUGAAGCUGCCUGGUACUUGAAGACAGGAUGCACUGGUAUCAUUCAAGAUGCAUGGUCAAAGGCAACAAGGGGCAAUGGUGCUAGUUCAGUAAUCAGUAACAAGCUUGCCAAUUGCUCCAAAGCACUGAAGCAUUGGAACUCAACCAAAAGGAAAGAAGAGCAGGGCUCACUCAAGUAG